AUGUCCAACGAAGAACCCCUCACCCCUUCCCUCAUGCUCAGUCGCAUCCAAUCUCGAAUCGCCGACAACCUCUCCGGCACCUUCGGAACCCUCACUGGAACUGACUACAUCCGCCUCAUCGCUAUAGUCGGCGGCUACCUUCUUCUCCGUCCUUACCUCGAAAAGCUCGGUGCCAAGUAUCAAGAACGAGACCACGCUCGUGCCAUCGAUGAAAACGAACAAGACUCCAUGGCUGCAACUGGUCAGAAGGCAAGGGUUAUCGCCGGUGAAGGUUAUGACCUAGACGAAGACGAAGACGAGAGUAGCGACGAGGAAGCUUGGGGUCGCAAAAAGAGACUACAGCAGAGGAAGGAGAGAGCAAGGAAGAAGAAGGAAAUCGAAGACCGGAUAAAGGCGGAGGAGGAUGAAGAGGAUAAGGAAAUCCAGGAGUUCUUGCAGGAUUAG